CAAAUUAAUAUUAUAAUUUUUCUAUCAUUUAAUAUUUAAGAAAAAAAUAAAAAAAAUUAUAUAAUCAAUAAAAUUUAUAUUAUAAAUAAUAAAAUAUAUUUUAAUAAUAAUCAAAUAUUUCUACUACUACAAUGAAAAUUAUAUUUUUAAUUGUAAUUUCAAUUGGAAUAAUAAAUGCAUGUACCCAAUAUCAAUGUUUAGAUCAAGGGGAAUAUUGUAAUAAACCAGGUAGAUAUUGUGGAGGUAAUUUAUAUUGUAAUAUAGCAUAUGAAGAGCCAAUUUGCGAACCAAUGUUGAAACAAUACGAUACAUGUAAAUAUCAAAGUCAAUGUCAAUAUGGUUUAUAUUGUUAUAACACUGGUGAUGAUCAAUAUUGUGCUAAUGUUAGAUAUAAAGGACCUGGAGAAACUUGUAAAAAAGAUAUUGAAUGUUCAGAAAAUUUAAAAUGUUUAAAUACAACUUGUGUGUACCCAGGGUUACAAUGUACACCAACAACAUGUGGUGCUAACCAAUUUUGUAAUGAUGAAAAACAAUGUCAAACCAAAUAUUCUGAUGGUACUGAAUGUACCUCAGAUGUACAAUGUAAGAUUAAUAGUAGAUGUUUAAUAACCUCAAGCCCAUCAGUUUCAAAAUGUACACUUUUAAAUUCGAUUGGCGAAGGUAAGCCAUGUAACUCUGUGGAUUCUUGCGAUAUUGGUUUAAAUUUAGUUUGUUCAAAUGGAUACUGCACAAAAUUUGAAACCAUUAAAAGAAGUAAUACCACUUGCUCUAAAGAUAGCAAUUGUCUUAGUAGUGAAACUUGUUUAUGUAAUUCAAUAAAUAAACCAAAUGGUAGUGGUUCAUGUACAGAAUCUAGUAAUAUUGGUCCAAGUUGUAAAGAUGCUAAAUUAAAGUAUUUCAAUUGUUUAUCCAAUUCUAAAUGUCCAACCGUUUCUGUUACAAAUAUUUAUAGUAGUCUUUCAUGUGCACAAUCCAAAUGUGGUCAAUUAAAAUGUGCCUAUGAAUCAACAUGUAUCAAUGGUGAUUUCUCUUGUGGUCAAGGUUCAAUUUGUAAUAAUUCAAACAAAUUAAAAUACUCUUCAUUUUUAUUAUUAUUAUUAUUUAUUUUAAUUCUUUAA